AUGCUUCACUGGAUUAAAUUUGACCAUCGUUUACCACUAAAGACAACACAAAAUAGCGAUGGUGUUGUUGUUGUCGCUGCUGCUGCUGCUAUUGAUGAUGAUGAUGAUGAUGAUGAUGAUGAUGAUGAUGUUGAUGUGGAUCCUUGUUCCCUGUCCACGCGCGUUCGCGCACGCGGCUAUCUAACACACUCUCCUGUACGCAUGGAACACAGCAUCUGUGCAUCUGGUCUCCUGUGCAUCCAGUCCCUGGACCGUGUUUUACCCAUGUUUCUGGAUUAUGGUUCGAAACUGGGUAGGAAUGACAAGAGGAAUGGGGCAACAGGUGGUUCGAUUGGCUGA